AUGUCGACCCUCGAGCCCCCCACCGUCCUCACGAGGCGGCCGCCAUCCGAGUCACCAGAGCUCCCGCCAUCGCCCCUGCCAUCCCCCGUGAGCGGCGCAUCAACCCCCAUCACCCCCGGCGUGCUCAGCGGGACCGCGACGCCCGCGAACGGCGCCCCGUGCGAGGCGAGCGAGUGCCGCGACGCCCAGGGGCGACUCAAGAAGGCUUCGAAGAAGCGGCGACGGGGCGCGGACGGCGCGAGCGGGGAGGCGGGGGGCGAGCCGCGCUGGCGGGAGGCCCUCGCGGAGUGGAAGCUGCUCCUCACGCUCGAGAACUCGGGCAGCGUCGCGCGCGACCACCUCGCGUCCGAGCGCACCUUCCUCGCGUACGCGCGCACGAGCCUCGCGAUCGCCUCCACCGGCGUCGCGCUCGUGCAGCUGUUCACGCUGUCGGGGGCGGCGACGGACGCGGACAUCGUUCGCUUCGCGCGCCCGUUGGGCGCGGUCAUGAUCGGCUUCGGGCUCCUCACCCUGGGGAUCGGCGUCAUGCGCUACUUCUACGUGCAGGAGUCGCUGUUGCAUGGGACGUACCCCGUGGCGCGGAUCAGCACGAGCAUCCUCUCGUUCGUGAUGCUCGCGCUCGUGCUGGUCGUCUUCAUCAUCGUCCUGGUGGCGAAGUAG